AAAUGUUACUAUGUCCAGUACUCGUAUUUGGGAAUUGGGAGGUUUGCCUGCCGUUUCAGCCUCCUUCCUCCCCACGUAACGCAGCGCCGCCGCCGUGCCCGUGCCGGCGGCGUUUGCUUGCUCUGCUCUCCAUGCAAUUAGGCAGAUAUCACUGAGCUCCUCCCCGCCCGUGUUCGCGCCUGCAAUGCCAGCCUCGCCGUCCCCGCCCACUCGCUGCUUCUAUGCUCCACGCCGCACGGAGGCGGACACCGCCGCUCCCUGCCAGGCUCGCCGCCGCCUUCUUCGCCGCCAAGCCCCAGCCACAGCCCCAGCCGCCCACCCUGUCUCCGCAGAUCGUCGAGGCUGCCGUCUCCCGCUGCCCCUCCGACGCCCUCGCGCUCUCCCUCUUCCUCUGGUGCGCCCGCCGCCCCGCCUACUUCCACCCGCCCUCGUCCUUCGACCGCGUCCUCCCCGCCGCCACGCGCCUCGCCUCCCGCCUCGGCACCGCCCCGGCGCUCCUCCGCGAGCUCCAGAGCCUUGGCUGCCCCAUCAGGCCCCACACCUUCCUGCUCCUGCUCAGGCUCUACUGGCGCGGGGGCCUGUACCCGCUCGUGCUCCACCUGUUCGACGAAAUGCCCCGCUGGGGUUUCCACCACAACGCCUUCGCGCGCAAUGUCGUCCUCGACGUCCUGCUCAGGACCGGCUCCGUCGACGACGCGCUGCGCUUCGUGCAGGGCAACCCGUCGCCCAACUACCUCACCUAUGCCAUUGUCCUGACUCAUCUCUCCAGAGCCGGGGAUUGGUCAGGGAUGCGCGUCUGUUUCACAGCUAUGCUGAGCCAAGGUUUUCUCCCCAGCACCACUUCGCUCGCCUCGGUGUUUGCCUGUUGCAGUAAGGCUGGUACCAUGGCCGAGCUACAACAGCUGCUGUCCUAUGCGCUUGUCUCGGGCCAGCAGCUCAGUCCGGCCAUGUGGACGUGUCUCAUCGCUCGUAUGUGCAGUGAGGGAAGGCUAGACGAGGCCUGUAAAACUCUGGGAAAUAUGGUGCGUUCUGGCUCUUCACCAACAGUGGUGACUUACACACCGCUUGUCAGAGGUCUCUUCCGAGCUGGGAGGCAUGACAUUGCCAGUGAGCUCUUGGGAUCCAUGGCAUCCAACGGUUGCACCCCAGACCUUGUUAUGUAUAAUGUUCUGAUGGACUGCAUGAUGAGGGAGAGGAGGUACGAUGAGGCCAUAGACAUCUACCUACAUCUUCAUGGGAGCCAGAUAAAGCCGGAUGCAUACACUUUGUCUACUUUGGUUCAGGUAUUGCAGUUGUCACGGAACAUAGAUCUUCUCCCUAGGUUAAUCCUGGGCUCGGAUAUCUCUUAUGAUCUUGUGGCUUGCAAUUCUAUGCUGAGUGCUCUGUGCAAGUCAGGGUUUCCAUCCGAAGCCCUUCAGUUCUACAUCGAUAUGAUUGGUUUGGGCAUCAGGCCAGACAGCUACAGUUAUGUUGGAUUGUUGGAUAGUUUGUGUCACUUGGGAAGGAUAGAUCAUGCAGUCAACCUCUACCGCAGUGUUGUCACAAGCAAUCCUGAUUCAGACGCCUACGUCCAUGCAGCCAUCCUCCGUGGCCUUGUUAGAAGGGGCCAGAACAUAAUGGCAUUUAGGAUUCUCAGGGAGGCUGUGCGUCAAAAUUAUGCACUUGAUACCGUGUGCUACACCAUUGUUCUGCAUGGUCUAUUCCGAGGUCAUUUUGUUCAAGAGGCUCGUGAUUUGUUUGACAAGAUGAAGGAUUCAGGAGUUGCUUCCAACACUUGUACAUACAAUGUAAUGCUUCGUGGACUGUGUAGAGCCAGGGAUAUGCUUGCAGUCACGCAGUUACUAACAGAAAUGGAAGGCGCCAAUGUUCAGAUGGAUAGUAUCUCAUUCAACGUGGUAGUUGUGCUCUUAGUGAAAUUGCAGCACAUUAGUUCGGCAACAGCUUUGAUCAGAGAAAUGCUCAAUCUAGGCAUGAAACUAAGCACCAAAACUUGCUGGUUACUUUCUCAAUCAAUUGGUCAUAGAUUCGUUUUGGAGGAUUCCAUCAGUGCUGAAAGUGAUGGGUCUGACUCAACAUGCGAUCUGCUUGUAUGCUCAGCUUCAUAGUCUACUUUUAGACGGAACAAGCAUGCUGUUUCUGGUAUCUCCACUUUGUGAUGUAAUUGAUACAAAAUAUAAACUACUAAAGGCUGGAGAAAUUCUAAAUGAAUUUCUACCGCAAGAUCCUUGCUAUAACAUUUUCCCCUUGAAGCGCCCAACAAAAAUUACCAUAAAUAUUGAAGAGAUGUUUACCUCGUAGAUGCAGGUUGGUGAGACAUGUGCAGUUUGAUUUAACACCGAGAAUGAGGCAGUGUGCUCUUGGCAAUAUUGAAUCUUUCCAUGACACGAUGCUGAUGUACUCUAUUUCAAGAGGCUUACACCUAAAUGAUUUUGCAAUGCCGCUCAUAAACUAGAUUUGAAAGAAAUUGCAGGUAACAGUAAUGGCACAUGUUUUUAAGGAAAAAAGAUGGCACCUGUAAGGACUGAUGACAGCAGCUGGAAUCUGGAGCUUGCGGGUGAGUGGCCGCCAUGGUUUAGACAUGAGCUCCUUGGGGUGCCCUGGUACUCCAUUUCUGCCAUCGUCGUCCACAUUGUCGUCUGGCCAAAUGGCAUUACCAUAGCCAUAUGUCCCCUUGGUCUCAAAGAGCCAGCGGUUAUGGUCAAACUCACCGGACUGGUUGUUCAUAGUGCCCUGCUUCACCAACGAAAGACGCCUCUCCAUCUUGCCCCCUGGCCCAUGUGGCAGCGACAGAGCCCGUGUCAGCUCAUUGCUGGAGUUGGAGAGAACUUCUUCCCACUCGGUGUGCUUGUAAAGCUCUUUGCACCCGGGGCAGACACCGCCGCCACCCUUGACGGCGUCGGUGAAGCAGUCGACGCAGAUUUUGAAGUCACACUCACAGGGGAGGAUGUCCUCCCCACGGCCGUUGCGCAUGAUCUUGCUGUCGCACCCCUCGACCAUGCAGAUGGAGCCCUUGGGGCCAGAUCGACCAAUGUCGGAGUCAGGGCCCUGCUUGUCCAUGACAUGGGCACGGGUGACGCUGUUGAAGCCGCCGGUGAAGAGCGAGCUGGAGACGUACUGCUCGUCGGCCUUGGUGCCGUCCUCCUCCAUGGGCUGGUUGUCGGGCGUCAUGGGGAUGUGGACAUGGUAGUCCUGGAAGUCGACGCUGCUGAUCUCUGAGUCGAGGUCGUCGCGCGAGUAGCUGAUGAAGCGCCCAGACUCAGUUCGCCGGCCGAAGACCACCUGCGGCGCCGAUGUUGGUGCCGUGGGUGGCUUGCUGGGGCCGUGCGGCGGCAUGCGGCUGGAGCCGCUGUUCUUGAGGAUUCCCUUGGACCCCAUGGCCUCCUCUAGGGCCCAAGUCUUGCAGUGAAAACUGAGUCAACCCCCCCAACACACGGUGGAUAGCUUCGCGCAACAAACGUCCAGGCUCGUGGUCAAAGCAUCAACCAAAUGCAUCGUGCUCGCUACUCCGACUCCUCACUGACAUCAUACACCCUGCAAUCCAACCGCCAAAUUCCGAUCAUGGACAAAUAUGUAGAAAAGAAGAUAUGUAUAAAUAGAUUCAUUUUUGAUACGCUGUACAUGCAAAUCAUGCAAUUUCAUGCCUCUCAUGACUUUUUUUUUAUCCCUACAUUAUUUUUCCUGUGCCA